ACUCAGAAUGUAAAGAUGGACGAAAUGCUGCUGAGGAUUUUGCCUAGUAUGCUAAUAAUUCUGUCAAUUUGCCGCUCUAAUAAUAAUAAUAAUGGUUUCAAAUUUAAGCACAAGGCCAGCAAUUUCGAGUGUUUAACAAGUCACGUUUGCCGUAAUAACAGUAAAGGAAAACAAAAAAAUUUCGUUCACAUUCAGAACGUGCUACAUGUCAGUAGGUGCUACUCCUUCCCUCUGAGAUUCCAUAGUUACAACAUGCCUGAAGUUUACUACAAGGAUCCUGCUGGAUGUCAAAUGAUCAGCUAUGAUUACAAUGGAUUUUUGGUACCACCAUUUCCAAAUAUUCAAGAAAAUCUUGACAAACUUCCAGAUAUGCCUGUAAGAGAUGAUGAUGUUUUUCUUCUAGGUUACAUGAAAUCAGGUUGUCACUGGAUGUGGGAAAUUACUGGAAUGUUAGUUAAUGGUUCUGCUGAAUAUAACCCAGAACAUAAAUGUAGUGCAAUGAUGGAGCUGAUGGAACAAGAAAAACUAGACCAGAUUCCAUCACCCAGAGUUCUAAACAACCACCUGUUCUUGCAUCAUUUACCAAAAGAGAUAUUUACCAAAAAAUCUAAAAUGAUUUUCAUGACACGCAACCCUCGUGAUAUUGCUGCCUCUGCCUACCACCAUAUAUUUCAGUUUAAGGUCAUGUAUCAGUAUGAUGGAGAUUGGAAUGGUUUCUUUGAACUGCUUUUAGCUGGCAAAUUGAAUUACGGUAACUGGUUUGAAUAUAUGCUCCAGUGGGAGAAGGAUAUCAAAGACCAUCCAGAACUACCCAUUUUGAUAGUUAAAUAUGAAGAUCUUAAAAAGGAUCCAGUGAGCAAUGUGGCUAAAGUGGCUGAGUUUUUAGGCCUUCCUAAAAAUGACCAACUUUUUGAAGAUAUUGCUGACAAAUGUUCUUUUGCUAAAAUGAAGGCAGUAAAACCUCUUCUACCCGAAUAUUUUCGAACUCCUGGUGCAUCAUUGUUUCGAAAAGGUGUUGUUGGAGACUGGAAGAAUUGGUUCACAGUUUCUCAAGAGGAAAGAUUCCAAGUGGAAUGUGACAAAUUUGACAAAACGUCCACGUUGUUUAGUACAAAGUACUAAAUAUCACUUUAAUGUUACUAUGACUUUUUCAUAGACAUCUUUAUACCACAUUUGUUAGUAUGCUUAAUAGCUUUACUGAAAUCUGAAAAAAUCGCCUAAUUCUUAUAUACCUUGAACAUAUAGUAAUAUCUACCAUUUCAAAUUAGUUCUAUUUUCAUAUCAUGGACAAAUUCUGGGGACUGCAUUUAAUUCCAAAGAUUUUAUUUUUUGUAUAGUUUAUAUAGUUGGAUGCCAUUCCUGACACCAACUACGUUACAGCUGGCAAAAAUGAGCUGUACCUGUAAUUCAAAGGACCAGCCUUGUCAUAUUCUGUAUCAUGCUGAAUUUUCCUGAGAACUACAUUAAGGGCGCACAUGUUGUGGAGUGCUCAGCCACUUGCAUGCUAAUUUUAUGAGUAGACUAUUCCUUGGACUGGAACAGUUGUCAUUAUAACUGACAGUGCUAUUUAAUACAGGUAUACGUGCACACACACACACACACAAUGUUUUGAUGGUUUGUAAUCAUCAUCAUCAUCAUCAUCAUCAUCGUUUAACGUCCGCUUUCCAUGCUAGCAUGGGUUGGACGAUUUGACUGAGGACUGGUGAAACCGGAUGGCAACACCAGGCUCCAAUCUAAUUUGGCAGAGUUUCUACAGCUGGAUGCCCUUCCUAACGCCAACCACUCAGAGAGUGUAGUGGGUGCUUUUACGUGUCACCCGCACGAAAACGGCCACGCUCAAAAUGG